CGUUGACGCCGGGCCAGGUAUUCGAUCGGGAGGACAAAUACGGUUGCCACAACUACAAGCCGAUCCCGGUGGCGCUUGCGCGUGGCAAAGGAGUUCACGUCUGGGAUGUCGAAGGCCGACAAUAUUUCGACUUUCUCUCCGCCUACUCGGCGGUCAACCAGGGCCAUUGCCAUCCCAAGCUCGUCGAAGUGAUGCGCAAGCAAUCGGAAAUCCUGACGCUUACCUCGCGCGCGUUCUACAACGAUGCGCUCGGCGAGUAUGAGGAAUACAUCACAAAGCUCUUCAAGUACGACAAGGUGCUGCCGAUGAAUUCAGGAGUCGAGGCGUGCGAUUCGGCUGUGAAGCUGGCCCGGCGCUGGGCCUACGAUGUGAAGGGAGUGCCGAAUAAUAAAGCCAAGAAAGCUGUCUCCGACCCGAACUGUGCCGCCUUUAUGGUCGAGCCGAUCCAGGGAGAGGCGGGCGUUGUGAUUCCUAAUGCUGGUUACUUGAAGAAAGCCGCCGAGGUCUGCAAGAAGCACAACGUGCUGUUCAUCACCGAUGAGGUCCAGACGGGACUUGGCCGAACCGGAAAGAUGAUGGCCCACUACCAUGACGGGGUCCGCCCCGAUAUUGUCAUUCUCGGCAAGGCACUGUCGGGUGGAAUGUACCCGGUAUCUGCCGUGUUGUGCGACGACUCGAUCAUGCUGAACAUCAAGCCCGGGCAGCACGGCUCGACAUAUGGUGGAAAUCCGUUGGCCGCGAAGCUCGGGAAGGCUGCCUUGGAGGUACUGAUCGAGGAGCGCCUUUGCGAGAACUCUGAGGCAAUGGGUGCGCUUCUUCUGGAGCGGCUGAAAAAUCUCCCCAGCCACGUGGUCACUGGGGCACGCGGCAAAGGCCUCCUCUGUGCCAUCAUCAUUGACAAGAAAUACGAUGCCUGGGAUGUGUGUCUGCGCCUCAAAGACAACGGACUCUUGGCCAAGCCAGUCUCGAAGCUAGCCUUUCCAAAUGCCGGUGAUGAAGUGCACCACAUGGGCUGGAAUGCAUGCUCUUCAUGUCACGGGGAUUCGUCAGCAAAGAGAACCCACCUCGUCCUACCAUGCUUGGGUUCAGACCGCAUCUACAUCGUGGAUGUUGCCGAUCCAAGGGCGAUGAAGCUGCAGAAGUCAAUCGAACCUAAAAAGCUGCACGACUUGGGCGUCUCGUUCCCGCAUACGUCGCACUGCCUGGCCAACGGGAAAAUUAUGGUAUCGACACUGGGCGAUAAAGACGGCGGAAAUAGAGGGAACUUCCUGUUGCUGGAUGGUCAAAGCUUUGAGCCGACGGGUAACUGGAUCGAAGCCGAUGGCGACGUGGCUUUCAAUUAUGAUUUUUGGUACCAACCCCGGCAUAAUGUGAUGAUGUCUACCGAAUGGGGCGUACCGCGGUUAAUCAAGGAAGGAUUUAACCCAGCUCACGUGCAACAGGGCUACUACGGCCACAGUGUGCACAUUUUCGAUUGGACCACGCGGGAGAAGCGGCAAACAAUUGAACUCCCUAUGCCUGAAGGUGCAAUCCCCCUGGAGAUCCGCUUCCACCACGAGCCGGAGAGCCAACAUUGCUUUGUCGGAGCUGCCCUAGGAUCAUCCAUUUUUCACAUUCGACCCGACAAUAAGAAAUACGCGGCUGACUGUGUGAUCAAGGUAGAGCCACUCGAGGUCGAUGGCUGGGCCCUACCAAUGAUGCCCUCCCUGAUCACUGAUAUCCUCAUCAGCAUGGAUGAUCGUUUCCUCUACUUUUCUAAUUGGCUACACGGAGAUUUGCGCCAGUACGACAUCUCCGAUCCUGAGCACCCGAAAUUGACUGGCCAGCUCUGGCUUGGCGGGAGCCUUCACAGCGACACCGGCGUCACGGUGAAAGAUGCGAGCUUUAAGCAACCCGAGCCCCUGUUUGUGAAGGGAACAAGGAUCGAAGGCGCUCCACAAAUGCUGCAGCUGAGCCUUGACGGGAAACGGCUCUAUGUCACAAUGUCUCUAUACAGGCCCUGGGAUCGUCAAUUUUACCCGAAACUGCUAGAAACCGGUGCCGCGAUGCUCCAGAUCGACGUCGAUGUCGAGAAGGGCGGAAUGAAGCUGAACAGCGAUUUUCUGGUCAAUUUCGGGGAGGUAGAAGGUGGUCCAUACGCGCUGGCUUCACAAAACGGCAAAAGCUUCCAACUCGAUGCCGGCGUCCGGCCCGCGGUCGACUUGAAGCUGCACGUCGACGGCUUCGAGACGGUGCCCGAUCGGAAGGACAACGGCAACCUCGCAAAAACUAGUUUGCUCGACUCGACGACAUGGCGUCAGUGUGCUGGGGCUGAUCUGAAGAGCACGACACAGAUGGAGGGCCCAUCAAAGAAGAAGAGCCAGAACGACGCGGACAAGGACGACGAGCCGGGCAACAUUUCUUCGGAGGCCGAUGUCACCGGACGCCUUAUUCAGACGAAGAAGGGCAGUGCUGAGAAGCCGUCGAGCCCUGUGCGUUCUCCGAAGCGUAUCGUUGCCCCGCCAGUCGAGCCCCCGCAGCCUGCUCCGGUCAGGACCGUCUCCCCUGCGCCGGUGAGCGACUCCGUGAAAGUCGUCAGUGCUCCGCAGAACGUGUACAACCCGCCGGCCGGCUUCCAGCAGCAGCAGCCGCCCCAGCAGCAGCAGCUUCAACAGCUUCCGCAGCAUCCCCUCCCCAUCUGCAACGGCGUCAUGAACAACGCCCCGACUUGCUGUAUGAUGCGUGCCCAGCAGCAGCCGAUGAUGAUGGGCCCUCCGCCGAUCUGCUACCCCUACCCGGACGCCAACUACUCCAUGUCGUCGCCUGGCAUUUGGAUGACCGGCUUUGAGAUUCGCUGCUGGAUGAUGUUGUUCGGCUUCCUGUUGGCCAUCUACCUGUACCGCAUGGGUCUGUCGGAUCCCCGUGUCUGCCCGCCCACUCGC